AUGGCCGAUAGCGUCUUGACGUGGUUUGGCUGGUUCCGUCGAUGGGGAUUACGCAGGCUGACCGGCCAUCUUGGCCACGCGGCACGGCCGGGACACCAACCAGAAGCAUUCACUGCAGAGUCGAAGAUUGCGCAUCGCAAUUGGGCAAGCCCGCUGAGUGAGAAAGACCUGAAAGAACAUCACAGCAUAAUGCCGAGUAAGGCUGGCUACAAGCUGACCCAUCCGGCCCGGCGACUUGUGCUGUAUCGAAUCGCUCUGGCCAGCUGUCCACAUACGAUUGAUCACUUCACACACAACAUGCCGUCUCCACCGGACGCACAAGCCAGCCAGUAUGGGUUUGUCGUCGAUAACAAUUGGACCAUCAACGAGUCCUACCCGCACGAAGCCGACCACGAGGGCAACGUCAAUAACUUCUUGACCCCCGACGACGUCUCUAACUCUGAAUCUGCGCCUGAGCCUGCACUCGCUGCAGCCGCCUUUAUCAACACCGUCACACCUGAAUCCACCACCGUUACCGAUAUGGCCAAGAAGGGCAACAAGAAGAAGGCCACCAGCAAGCAGCCCGCUGCUGCUGCUGCCGCCACGGGAGCAGCCUCCUCUGAGUCUCAGCUCGAGACCAACGUCGCUGAGACUGCGCCCGUCAUUGAUAUGCCUAUCGCAGCAGAAGCUAUCGAGACUCCAUCUGAUGUCCCUGGAGGCUUCCCUGUGACUCCCUCCAACGAGCUUGCUGACCUUGACGAUAAGACCGUCGGUAUCAACCCUCUGCCAGCUACAGCCCCUGGCACCAGCAACCCCAUUAAGCUUGCUCCUGGUGAGAAGAUCCCCGACUCAAUCGCCGCUCAAAAUACCAAUGAGUACGUCAAGCUGGACAAGGCGUCGUACGAGCAGAGCGACGCCCUUCCUGGUGGCCCUCCUUUGAGUACCACGGGGCUCCCUGCAAACUCCGGUACCAUGAUCCCCGAAUCUAGCCUCCCCAUGGGUGAACAGGCCGACGUUACCAACCCUACGGUCAAUUCGGUUGGUCCCGGUUCGACGACUGCCGCUCUCGCUGGCCAGGUCCCUCUGGAGCCCAAGGUGCCAGAGGUUUUUAAGGCCAGCAAUUCGGUUGGUGCCGAUUCUACGACUGCCGCCCUCGCUGGCCAGGUCCCUCUGGAGCCCAAGGUGCCAGAGGUUGUUAAGGCCAGCCAAGAGAAAGCUGGCGCCGCACCCGAAGCAUCUAAUGUACCCGAGGAAGUGAAGGACAAAGCCAAGGUCGAGGCGGAAUUGAAAGACAAGGUCCCCGAGGCCCCUGCUACCUCUGUCGGCACUUCUGGCAUUGGAAGCGAGAAAAGGGAGAAGACUGGCACUAUUCUUGGAGCUGCCGCCGUUACUGGCGGCGCCGCUGUUGCAGCUGCUGUGACGGCAGCCAACAAGUUCUCUGGAGAUGCCACUCCCGCUAUGAACGACGCCAAGAAGGCUACUGUCGAGUCUAUUAACAACAAGCUUCCUGACACCGUCAAGGACAACCUGCCUGGCUCUGUUCAGUCCGCUCUUGCCAGUGAUAACAAGGACAGCCCCCUGAAGAAGAUCUCGCCUGAAGUUCCCCAGGAGGUUAAGAAGUCUAUUGCGAUGGCUAGUAAGAGCCCUGAGGCUGCCGUAAACACCUCUGCGGUCCAGGAGAAGAAGGAAGUUGAGAGCGAGCUUCUCAGAGAAGUUAAGAAGGCGCCUGCUCUUGACGAGGCUACCAAACCUGAGUCCCCCAAGACAAAGGCCACGCCCGCCACGCCCGCCGCAGCCAGCAACCAGGCCCCAACUACUGUCGCCGCGGCUAAUGGAGCCCAUGGUGCCGAAAUCAAGGCUUCUGAGCCUACGGCCGCGACACUUGCCACCAAUGGCAAUGGCAGCGAGAGCAGACCCGCUGCUGGCGAUGCUGGCGCCGCCCACGACAAGAAGAAGAGCCGCCUGAGCGUCAUGUUCAGCAAACUCAAGGCCAAGCUGAAAUAG